GCGCACGCCUUGGUCCCGCCCCCUCUCGGCCGUCGCCUCUGACGUCAGGGGGCGGGGCGUCCCACGGCGGAUUCCGGAGUCUGGGCUCCGCCCGCCCCAGAGCCCGCGACGGCGCGCGCCCGGCAGGUCCUCCGCGAUGACGGCCAGCUCCGUGGAGCAGCUGCGGAAAGAUGGCAACGAGCUGUUCAAAUGCGGGGACUACGAGGGCGCCCUGGCGGCCUACACCCAGGCCCUGGAUCUGGGUGCGACGCCCCAGGACCAGGCCAUCCUGCACCGGAACCGGGCCGCCUGCCACCUUAAGCUGGAAGAUUACAGCAAAGCAGAAACCGAGGCCUCCAAAGCCAUCGACAAGGACGGCGGGGACGUCAAGGCGCUUUACCGGCGGAGCCAGGCCCUGGAGAAGCUGGGCCGCCUGGACCAGGCCGUCCUGGACCUGCAGAGGUGCGUGAGCCUGGAGCCCAAGAACAAAGUUUUCCAGGAGGCCCUGCGCAGCAUCGGGGGCCAGAUUCAGGAGAAGGUGCGGUACAUGUCCUCCACGGAUGCCAAGGUGGAGCAGAUGUUUCAGAUCCUGCUGGACCCCCAGGAGAAAGGCACCGAGAAGAAGCAGAAGGCUUCCCAGAACCUGGUGGUGCUGGCCCGGGAGGAGGCGGGGGCGGAGAAGAUCUUCCGGAACAACGGGGUGCAGCUCCUGCAGCGCCUGCUGGACACGGGGGAGGCCGACCUGAUGCUGGCGGCGCUGCGCACGCUGGUCGGCAUCUGCUCUGAGCACCAGUCACGGACAGUGGCCGCGCUGAGCGUGCUGGGGACGCGGCGGGUGGUCUCCGUCCUGGGCGUGGAAAACCAGGCCGUGUCGCUGGCCGCCUGCCACCUGCUGCAGGUGAUGUUUGAUGCCCUCAAGGAAGGCGUCCGGAAGGGCUUCCGAGGCAAAGAGGGCGCCAUUGUGGUGGACCCCACCCGGGAGCUGAAGGUCCUCAUCAGCAACCUGCUGGAGCUGCUGGCGGAGGCGGGCGUUUCGGGCCAGGGCCGCGACAACGCCCUGAGCCUCCUGAUUAAGGCGGUGCCCCGCAAGUCCCUCAAGGACCCCGACAACAGCCUCACCCUCUGGGUCAUUGACCAAGGUCUGAAGAAGAUCCUGGCGGUGGGGGGCUCUGUGCAGGAGCCCCCCGGGGAGCUCGCGGUGACCGCCAACAGCCGCAUGAGCGCCUCCAUCCUCCUCAGCAAGCUCUUCGACGACCUCAAGUGCGACGCCGAGAGGGAGAACUUCCACCGCCUCUGCGAGAACUACAUCAGGAGCUGGUUUGAGGACCACGGGCUGGCCGGGAAGCUGCGGGCCAUCCAGACGGUGUCCUGCCUCCUGCAGGGCCCCUGCGACGCCGGCAACCGGGCCCUGGAGCUGAGCGGUGUCAUGGAGAGCGUGAUCGCGCUGUGCGCCUCCGAGCGGGAGGAGGAGCAGCUGGUGGCCGUGGAGGCCCUGAUCCACGCGGCCGGCAAGGCCAAGCGGGCCUCCUUCAUCACGGCCAACGGCGUCUCGCUGCUGAAGGACCUGUACAAGCGCAGCGAGAAGGACAGCAUCCGCAUCCGGGCACUCGUGGGACUCUGUAAGCUGGGCUCGGCUGGAGGGACUGACUUCAGCAUGAAGCAGUUUGCUGAGGGCUCCACCCUCAAACUGGCCAAGCAGUGUCGGAAGUGGCUGUGCAAUGACCAGAUUGACGCGGGCACUCGGCGCUGGGCAGUGGAGGGCCUGGCCUACCUCACCUUUGAUGCUGAUGUGAAGGAGGAGUUCGUGGAGGAUGAGGCGGCCCUGAAGGCUCUGUUCCAGCUCAGCCAGUCCGAGGAGCGGUCGGUGCUCUUUGCGGUGGCCUCGGCGCUGGUGAACUGCACCAACAGCUACGACUACGAGGAGCCCGACCCCAAGAUGGUGGAGCUGGCCAAGUACGCCAAGCAGCACGUGCCCGAGCAGCACCCCAAGGACAAGCCGAGUUUCGUGCGGGCCCGGGUGAAGAAGCUGCUGGCGGCGGGCGUGGUGUCCGCCAUGACGUGCAUGGUGAAGACCGACAGCCCCGUGCUGACCAGUUCCUGCCGGGAGCUGCUGUCCAGGGUCUUCCUGGCUUUGGUGGAGGAGGCGGAGGACCGCGGCACGGUGGUUGCUCAGGGAGGGGGCAAGGCUCUGCUCCCGCUGGCCCUGGAAGGCACGGACGUGGGGCAGACAAAGGCCGCCCAGGCUCUUGCCAAGCUCACCAUCACCUCCAACCCAGAGAUGACCUUUCCCGGAGAGCGGGUCUAUGAGGUGGUCCGGCCCCUCGUGUCCCUGCUGCACCUCAACUGCUCAGGCCUGCAGAACUUCGAGGCGCUCAUGGCUCUCACGAACCUGGCGGGGAUCAGUGAGAGGCUCCGGCAGAAGAUCCUGAAGGAGAAGGCGGUGCCCAUGAUUGAGGGCUACAUGUUUGAGGACCACGAGCUGAUCCGCCGGGCGGCCACGGAGUGCAUGUGCAACUUGGCCAUGAGCAAGGAGGUACAGGACCUCUUCGAAGCCGAGGGCAAUGACCGCCUGAAGCUGCUGGUGCUGUACAGCGGGGAGGACGACGAGCUGCUGCGGCGGGCGGCCGCUGGGGGCCUGGCCAUGCUCACCUCCAUGCGGCCCUCUCUGUGCAGCCGCAUCCCCCAAGUGACCACACACUGGCUGGAGAUCCUGCAGGCCCUGCUCCUGAGCCCCAACCAGGAGCUGCAGCACCGGGGCGCCGUGGUGGUGCUGAACAUGGUGGAGGCCUCGCAGGAGACGGCCGGCACCCUGAUGGAGAGCGAGGUGCUGGAGAUCCUGUCGGUGCUGGCCAAGGGCGCCGAGGGCCCUGUGUCGAGGGCGGCCGCGGCUUGCCUGGGGAAAGCAGUGGAAUAUGGGCUCAUCAAGCCCAACCAGGAUGGAGAGUGAGGGGCUGUCAGCACCACUGCGCAUCGCAGCCCAGGGGACCACGCGUGCAGCUGUGGCCGUAGGGGCUGGGCUGCCAGCACGCUGGCCUCCUCCCCGGCUGCCCUUUGGAGCCCUCUGCCCUGAGUCAGGGGCCACGCGCCACAGCCCUGCUCACAGCACUACCUCCAGCCUCACGCAGAGGGGCUUUUCCUACCACUGCAGACACUGGGAAAGGGGCGCACUCCUCACUCAGCCGGGGUUCCCCCAUCCGGCGGCACUUCCGGCAGCCUCACAGGCAGUGAGCAUCCCCGAGCCCGCUAGCAGGGCUGCCCGACCCCUAAUAAAAGCGUGUGGAACUCAA